GCAUCGAGAUCGAUCGCCAGCAGUCGAGAGCAAGGAGGAGUUGACCAAUGCCCAAUGGCAAGCGCUGAUUGCCCUGCAUCGAACAUUGCUUCACGAGCAUCAUGACUUCUUCCUCGCCUCCAAUCACCCAGCCGCCAGCACAGUGCUGAGGAAAUUAGCGGAGAAGUAUGCCAUGCCCGCUCGUAUGUGGCGAUAUGGCAUCCAUUCGUUCCUGGAGCUGCUCCGCAAUCAACUUCCCGGCUGGCUAGACCAUAUGCUCAACUUCAUCCACAUCGCCUACCCCAUGAUAACGUUACUUCUGGAAAGUGUGCCUUCGCACGAAGCGAUGUGGAUGGAGUGCCUGGGCGAUCUAGCCCGAUACCGGAUGGCCAUCGAAGGAAACAAUAUGCGGCAUCGCGAAGUCUGGUCUGGAGUGGCUCGAUAUUGGUAUAAUAAGGUGGCCGAUAAGAACCCCGGAAUUGGUCGGAUCCAGCAUCACUUGGCGAUUCUGGCAAGGCCUUAUUUCCUCCAAGAACUCUUCUACUACUCAAAGUCUUUGAUCAGCAUUCAGCCUUUCUUGAGUACCCGGGAGAGCAUUCUUCUCCUUUUCAACCCGCUUUUGGAUCCUGCGAGGCCGGUGAGCGGUCGCUACCCCCCUCUUCUGACCGCAUUUGUCUGCGCCCAUGGCUUUCUUUUCACAAGAGGCAAAAUCAACUCGUUUCUUCUCUCUGCGGAUCAGUUUCUGUCUAGUUUAGAUAAAUACAUGGGCCGGAUAGGCGCUGUCUUCCGCGAACAAGGAGUUUACAUCGCCUCGUCAAAUUAUGCGGCAAUCUUCGACUUUGGCCAGUCUGACGCCAUUAUCCCACGCAUGCUUGACCCGGAGGUUCUCCAAGAGACUCCAUCUCAAGCGCGAUUUGAGUCUUCCCGGAGAUUCUGGGAAAGCCAUUUGUCUCUCGAGCAGGAUGUGCUCUCUCAGCGGGAUGGGCCAAGAUCAGAAGAUGACCAGUUCAGCAGCUCUAUUCAGGUGCUCUCCUUUGCCUCACAUCUGGCAUCCUCCACGUUACGAAUUAUUCUUGGACGCAUUGGCGAUAAGAAUGUGCUCCCAAGUGUGCAUCUGUCGUUGGCUUUUCUUUGGAGUAUGGCGUUGGUCCCGACGAGCAUGACUUACAUUGAAGCGGAUGUUCCCUGGGUGCAGAUUGCUUCGUUUCUUGAUACAUUGGUGCAGCCUGAUAUGGACAUGUCCAAGGUUGAGGACGAGCAGUUCCCGAGCGACGAGACUGGAUCGUCCAGGCAGUUGCCGGAGGAUUUCUUGAUCCGCGGCCAGGCGUGGAGUCAACUUUACUACCCGGAACACUUCUUCGAUGUGAUGGCAGACAAAGAGGAACGAUCGAUCGAGCUGCCGUCGGUGGUGGUGUCCCGCACUCGUCGGUGUUUGUGGCUAGGAGUGCGCAUUGCAAGUUUCAAACGCUGGAUCAGGUAUGAUUCCGAACAGAAGGUGUUCUCGCCCACACUGUUCGCGUACGAACUCGACAACGCAGCCCGAGAACACAACCCGCUGGAGGGUCUGUCGAGGCCUGAAGCAUUAUCAUCAAACGACACCCCCAUGGCGGAAAGUCAGCUAAAGGAAUCAUACUAUCUUCAAUUUUUGAGAGUUAUCCAACAAACAGCUAAUAGCCUCCCAUUGAUGACAUUGGCCUGCAGUCCUGCAGGAGAACUUGCCGGUGUCAACUCCACCCCAGUCGGAGCAGUGCAACUCGAGCCUGUAUCGGGACACGAUGGUUCCUCAUCCUUCUCGACAAAAAUUAUGAAAGUUGGUCGUUAUACAGUAGCCGGUUUGCACCGGCACAUUGCUUCCCUCGAUCUAAAAACAUUGCUCUGGGCUCUAGGAAUCUUAGGUGCUUUUUCGGGCAAAAUCUCUUGGAUCCUCUCUUUACGCAGGUAUCUGAUGACCUCGGUCGAAAUUGAUGGAACCGAUGAUUCAUACAAGCAUUUAUCGAAGUGGAUGGAAAAAAAUGUCGACAGCCUCCAUGAUGGCCGCUUGCAGGGGUCAUCUUCUGCAACGUGGGAUUUCGACUAUGGCCGUCCAGACAAGAACACAAAGUUUAAAUUCCAACCUCACACAAAGUCUCGCCUGUUUUGGCACCGAGGCCAUGUUUUCUAUCUGUAUCGGAAAGAUAUGGAUGGUGAGACCAGUCAGGAGUCAUCAAGCCUGACUGUGGUCGUCCUCUGGCCGUCACGACAACCGAUAAUAAACCUCUUGGAGGAAGCUGAACGCGAAUAUGCUUCUAGCAUUAAAAGCUUUGUCCCAAUAUACAGUCCACGGCCCAAGGAGGAACGAAAGUGGUCUCACCUUCCACCAUGGGUGGAAGUGAACUUGGUCCCGGCUCGGAGGCUGAACACGGUGGUAAUGAAGAUUGAUGAUCGGGAAAAAUUUCUCAAGAGUCUGGAAGAAUUCUUUGCUCCAGAUUCCCUUAAGUGGUAUACUGAAAGAUGUAUUCCAUACCGUAUGGGAUUUCUCUUUUCGGGCCCGCCUGGAACAGGGAAAACCUCUUUGGUCGCAGCCACUGCAACGCAUUUCAAUCUUUGCAUCUACCGCGUGUCGUUGAAAGAUGAAAGUCUCAGUGAAAACGACUUCAUGAGACUUUCGGCAAAGACUCGUCCAGGAUCUAUUUUACUCCUAGAAGACAUCGAUGCCGCUGGCAUAUCAAGGGAAGAGUCAGGACAGAGGGAGGGUGACAACCCAAGAGAAGGAAGCAGAAUAUCCCUCUCGUGCCUGUUGAAUGUGAUCGACGGAAUCGGCGCUCCUGAGGCUAGAAUAGUGAUUAUGACAACAAACCACCCGGAACGGCUGGACCCGGCUCUUACUCGGAAAGGACGUGUUGAUGUGAAGAUCGAAAUGGGCCUUGCAAGCUCCAGUCAAAUUCAGGACAUGUUCCUCAUGAACUUUGCGCCAAGCAGCGAGAAGGAUUCUGAUCAGCAGUUAGCGGAACUUGCAGAGAAGUUCUCCCGAAUAAUUCCACCAGAAAGUUAUCCUCCUGCAGAUAUCCAGGGGUACCUGAUGCAGUACAAGACAUGUCCAGAGAAUGCAGUCAGGGAUGCGGAGGAGUGGGUGAAGCAAAACAAGCCACAGGGAACCAGCAAUUCUCAAACAUUGGGCAAUGGAGAACAUCAGUGA